UAGCUUUAUUUUUUCUAAAUGCUAGUGGCUUUUUCCCUUUCUUUAGUCCCCUAGCAUUUCCAAAAGGACACAUACCUCCUACUUUCAUGUUAGCAGCUUAAAAUCUGUUUUCUCAAUUCUAGUAUGAGGAGAGGGAGGACGAAUGAUCACCAUGGAUAAUAAUAAACCAAAUAAGCAAGAAACCCCAUCUCCCUUCACCAAUAAAGAUCAUGAUUCCUCGCCUAGAAAGCCUCCACUCCCCUCCGCCUCCGUCGCCGGAGGUAGCGGUGGAGAUAGGUUGAAGAGAGACGAGUGGAGUGAAGGGGCGGUUUCGAGUCUACUAGAGGCUUAUGAAGCCAAGUGGGUGCUUCGUAAUCGAGCCAAGCUAAAGGGUCAUGACUGGGAAGAUGUGGCUAAGUACGUGUCUUCACGCGCUAAUUCAAGCAAGUCGCCUAAAACACAAACGCAGUGUAAGAAUAAGAUCGAGUCGAUGAAGAAACGGUACCGUUCGGAGUCCGCCACCUCCGAUGUAUCGUCGUGGCCGCUGUUUCCGCGUUUGGAUCUGUUGUUGCGUGGCAGCGGUGGUCCUCCGGUUGUAACAUCUGGCGGUGAUCCACCGUCUUCUUCGACUCCCGUUGCUAAUAAACUUCCUCUGAUGGUGUUUGAACACACGCCUCCGCCUCCUCCUCCGCCGAUGAUUCAGUCAUCGAGUCCGCCGGUCACUCUACCGGUGCCCUUGCCGGUUGCAACUCCGGCACAUCAAGUAAUUGGACAGAAUUCAAUCGAUUCUAAUGGCCUCGAUCGGGAGAACAAGGAAGAUGAUGUGGUGGGUAUUAAAACGAGCGAGAAAGAGAUUAAUCAAGUAUCUGAAAAAAUGGAAAUUGAAACCGACUGUAGCACUCCAGCACUUUAUAGCAACGAAAAAGGAAAGAUACAGACGAAAAACCAAAACCACAAGAAUACAAAUAAUAGAAAAAGACGAAGAAAAGGAGAAAGAGAAAGUUGGGAUGUAGCGGAGAGCAUAAGAUGGUUGGCUAAAGUGAUGGUGAGGUCAGAGCAGGCUAAAGUUGAAACAAUGCGGGAGUUGGAGAAAAUGAGAGCGGAUGCUGAGGUGAAAAGAGGUGAAAUUGAUCUGAAAAGAACCGAGAUAAUUGCUCAUACUCAGUUAGAGAUUGCUAGGCUCUUUGCUACAAGCUUUGGUAAGACUGUUGAUCCAUCUUUAAGGAUUGGAAGGAGUUGAGUUGAAUAGAGCUGCCACAAUUUUAAGCAUAUAUAUAUACUUUUUAUGUACUAAUUGUUAUAAGAAAACAACAACAUUAUACAUCUAUAUGUAAAUGUAGAUGUAAGAGGUUGUUAUAUGAUGUUGAUGCAUGUUUGUAAUUGUAUCUUAUAUUUAUGGGAAAUUACUUCAAAGAUCCUCACAA